CUGUUUCCUCUUCCCCCUCCCUCCCUCACUAUGCUGAACAAAAUUCAUCCCUUGCAAAACCGUUGGGGGCUGUGGUACUUGAAAGCUGAUCGUCAAAAGAACUGGGAAGAGUGCUUGAGACUUGUAACAGUUUUCGAAAGUGUCGAAGAUUUUUGGGCAUUAUACAACAACAUCCAGUCAGCUUCUGGUUUAAAUUAUGGAAGCGAUUACUAUUUGUUUAAAGAGGGAAUCAAGCCGAUGUGGGAAGAUGAAAUAAAUGUAAAAGGUGGUCGGUGGUUGGUGGUUGUUGAUAAACAAAAACGUUCACAACUGCUUGAUCGUUACUGGCUUGAAUUAGUGUUAGCAAUGAUUGGCGAGCAGUUUGAAGAUUAUGGCGAUCAUAUAUGUGGGGCAGUGCUUAAUGUUCGCCAAAAAGGUGACAAGGUUUCUUUAUGGACAAGGGACUCCAUGAACGACAAAGUUAACACGAGAAUUGGAGAGAUUUUGAAGACAAAAUUGGACAUUCCAGACACAGAGCCAAUUAGAUAUGAAGUGCAUAAGGACUAUUCUUCGCGGACAGGAUCAAUGGUCAAACCAAGAAUUGUUCUUCCACAAAAAGAAAGAUAA